UGGAUUUUCCGGAAAAUGUUUGUAGUUGGCUGCUGGAUACAUAGAAGAAGAGUCUUUUCAAGAAUCUUUUCCAGUUGCUGCAAGGGGAUCAUGAAUGGCGCAGUAAUUGGGAGUCGCCCCUAUCCUCUCUCACCCAAACAGCCCGCCCUAUGGAAGGGCACUAUUGCCUCCAACACUCAACGCUCCCCUUCAUCAAUUCGCACUCGAAAUCGCCCCAGAAUAAGGGCGCUGUCCUUGGAGGAAAUUCCCCCGAAUGCCCUCCGCCGGGAGCGUGACCCUAACUGGUGGGGUGGGUUCAGCCUAGGGGUAGACCUGGGAAUGUCUCGCACCGGUCUUGCCGUUAGCAAGGGCUUCUCUUUCCACCCCCUAACGGUUCUUGAGUUGCGUGGGCAAAAGCUUGAGCUUCGACUUCUUGAAAUUGCUGAACAACAGGAUGUGGAUGAGUUCAUAAUUGGGCUUCCCAAAUCUUGGGAUGGAAAGGAGACAGAGCAGUCCAAUAAAGUUCGCAGCAUUGCUGGUAGGUUCGCGGUUCGGGCUGCAGAGAGGGGUUGGCGAGUGUACCUGCUGGAUGAACACGGAACGUCCACUGAAGCCAUGAGUCUUAUGAUUGAUCAGGGCCUUAGCAAGUCUGCUCGUCAAGGGAGAAUUGAUGCCUACGCUGCCGUGAUGGUGCUGGAGAGAUAUUUUGAAUUGUCCGGCCAGGGAAUAGAACUUGUUCUGCCAAAACAGUUGGAACUCCAGGAAAAACUUCGUAUUGGUCCGCCUAGAGAUUUGGAUUUCUGACAGAAGAAUUCAGUUGUAUUGUUUAUGAUAUUUUGAAUGGUAGAAGUUAGAAUCAGGGAUCUUAAGCAAUUUUGUGCCACCAUCUGUAUUGGCUAGCAUGGCAAUUGGCAAGCACCAACGUUAGACUAGAGAGGUAGGGAGCAGCAUUUGGAUCUUGGAAGGGAAGGAGAGGAGGUAGUUUCGUCAACAUUGAAGGUAAAGUCAAAAACUGAGCAGCAACCAGUAGAAUUUGUAAGCUAUUUGUCUGCAUUUGGCCAGAGUUGAUAACGAUGAUUCCAGUUGGAUGAUUAUUGUUGUCCAAGAUAUAUAGAUUAUUUGUUCUUGGAGUACAUUAUUUUUUGGUUAUUGUGAAUGCAUGGACGUUGCUUAGGGAAAUAAUGAUGGAUGGGAAGUUUGGGCAUUGAUAUGUUGCCCAUAGAGUUAAAAGUGGUGGGUAACUUUUGCUGGUUUGUUUUCUGCUGUCUAUAUAUGUUGUAUAUAGACCUAGUAAAUCAUGAAACAGUUUAUUUGAUUUGGAAGUAUCCUUCUACC